AUGCAAUUCAGUGGUUAAUUAAAAAGCAAAAUUAUUACGCCCAGGACUUCAUUAGUAGAAACAUAUAAGAUCCUUUUUGGUUCUUAGCUUAUCAAUGAAAACGACUUAGAGGAUUCGCAUGAAUCAGAACGAAGUUAAAUAUCAUCAAUUCACUCAAAUUCAUCAUAAAAUGAAAGAGAAAAAGCUGUUAGUUAACUUCAACUUAAAAUUGAACCAUUUUUCAUAUCUCUGUCAAAGUAAAAGGACCUAUAUGAUAAAUAUAAUAUCAAUAGCAAUGUAGAAACAUUUAAGCUUACACCAUUCGGCUCAGCAAUGUUUGGUGGAUAUGAUAAAAACUCAGAUAUAGAUGUUUUACUUUAAAGUUUCGACUACCUUUUGAGCAGAGAAGAAUUUUUCAGCAAAUUUGCAGUGUAUCUUAGGUCAGAACAUGUCUAAGCAAAUAUUCAGUAGGAGAUACCUUAUGCAUAGAUACCAAUAAUUAAGUUUGAAUUCAUGAGCAAGCAAUUUGAUUUACUAUAUUGCUCAAUGCUUCCACCUUAGAAUUAAACUUAAAAGAGACAACUAGAAGAUGAUGAGUUUUAUUAGAACAUGGAAAAUGUUGUUAAUGAGAAAUGUAACAUCUUGUCAUUUAGGGGUUGGUCUAAUUGCCAUUACAUUUACAAAAAGAUAAGAGACAAAGAAUGCUACAGUUGGUGCUUAAAAAUUAUAAAGACCUGGGCUAAAUAGAGAGGGAUUUACGGAUUUAAUUUUGGAUAUUUGAAUGGAAUUUCUCUGAUCAUUAUGCUUGCGAAAGCCGACCAACUAAUUUUUAAAGAUAUCACAUCUAAUAAUGUUAGCUCAGAGAAAAUACUAGGAUUAAAUGAGAGUUUUGUUGGAGAUGAGGAUGUAAUUUAUAGUUUCAGUCAACAAAUUAGCAAAAAAUUAGAUGUAAGAGUAUAAGAGACAAUUUUUAGAUUCUUUGAGAUAUUUUCUAAUUGGGACUACAAAGACCCUAUUUUCAUUCAAGAGUUGCCAGAUUGGCAUCUUGAUCAAGAUUUGUAUUUUGUGGCUUCUAAGGAAAUAUUCCCAGUAAUAACCCCUGAGAAGCCAUAUAAAUGCACUACUCAUUAAAUGACUGCAGGAGCAAAGAAAUAAAUAGUCAAUGAGCUCUAGAGAGCUUAGAACCUUUGCACUCUAAUUCAAAAGAGAGAUGUAAUUCAGAACUUGAUUAAGCAAUAAUAUGAGCCGGAAAACAAUGAAGAGCUUUAUGAGAGGAAUAGUGAUUUGAGACACAUAAGGAAAGAAUCUUAUGACUUAGACAUCCUUAAUGAUUUCGCAUAAAUUACAUGGAAAGAACUCUUUAAUCCCUAUCAGUUCUUUAAUGAAAAUGGUACUUUUGUAUAAAUUGAAGUACUUACUGAAGUUUACUCAGAUAAAUAACCUUUAUCAUAAGGAAAGAAAGGUAAGGCAUUAGCUUCAAGAGUGAAAGUUGCACAGACAUUGCAUCAUGAGUACAAAGGUUUGUAUGAAUCAAGAUUUAAACUCUUUCAAAGUUUCUUGCAGCUUCAUUUGGGUAUUGAUGAUAUUCAAAUAUUUGCAGACUGCAUUGACUGA